GAACAUGCCUUUGCAGCUCUCAAGGGAUGCUUUCAAUCUCUUAGGGACCUUCAAUGGAAUAUCCAUUCAGAAAAUGACCUUCAUACUGCUGUUCAUUGGAUUCAAUGCUGCCUAAUACUCCAUAACAUGAUCAUACAGCUAGAAGAAGCUCAGGGAUGGAAUGAGGACACUGGUACAGUAGCAUGGGCCCAUCAGCAGGGCAGAGGCAUGAUAGAUGAGGAGCUUGAGGCCCCUGAUGGUAAUCAGGUGGUUGGUGACAGAUUGUAUGAUGGCACCCCAGGUCAGGCUUCCUGUGCGAUGUUGAUGGACCUACUACUUGACAGCCCCGCAUCGAGAGCACAGCGCUGA